UCUCCGUCUCUCCAUUCCUCUUCUCUUGCUAUCAGCAUCGCUCAUGGCAAUCCAACCAAAUUAUGCACCACCUUUCUCACAGUGCUUCCUUUCACCAAGGACCCAAGAAGACAUUGAAAGAGAUGAACAAAUCUACAACUCCUAUGAAAAGCUCAGCUCCCAACUCCCCAUCCUCGAUGACUGGUAUCCACUUACCCUCCAAAACUACCAAUCCUUUUGGAUCCAUCCCUCCCAAGUUCCGUCAUGCAUGGCCGUCCAAUCCCACUUCAACCCUCGUCCUUCCGACAUCCUUAUUGUUACCAACCCUAAAUCAGGCACAACGUGGCUAAGAGCGCUCUCCUACGCAACCCUCCAUCGCCACUCCUUCUCCAUCUCUGACCACCCUCUUCUCACCACCACUCCCGAACAAUGUGUUCCUUUCCUCGAAGGUCUCUUCAAUUACCACACCAUCCCUAAUAUUAGCGUCUUACCAUCUCCCACCAUCUUUUCUACUCACUUAGCUUUCUCUUUACUACCUCAGAGUCUCGACUGUCGCAUUGUUUUUCUCUGCCGUGAUCCCAAGGACACAUUUGUAUCACUGUGGCACUUGGUUCAGAGGUUGAGGAUUAGCUCCAGUACUGAAGACAAGAGUAUUGUGGAAUUGGAUUUCAACAAGGCAUUCCAACUGUUCUCCCAAGGGAUAUCACCUCGUGGCCCUUUCUGGGACCAUGUGCUGGGUUACUGGAAGGAGAGCAAGAGAAGACCUGAGAAGGUGCUCUUCUUGAAAUAUGAAGAGAUGAUGGAGGAUCCAGUUAGUCAUUUGAGAAAACUGGCUGAGUUCAUGGGAUGUCCAUUUUCUAUGGAGGAAGAAAGAGAUGGAGUUGUUGAGGACAUUGUCAAGCUUUGCAGUUUUGACAACUUAAGAGAGCUUGAGGUAAAUAAGGAUAAUAAGGGCAGUGUGGAGAGUAGAAGAUUACCACCAUCUUCUUUUUUCAGGAAGGGGAAGGUGGGGGAUUGGGUGAAUUAUUUGAGCAUGGAGAUGGUUGAGAAGUUGGAUGCUAUUACUAAGGAGAAGCUGCAUGGAUUUGGUCUUAGUUUUGAGUCUAGCGCUGCGGUUCCAUAAAGAUGCACACCCACUCAAGAUUAGGGUUUAUGUUCAUCAUAUUUGUGUUUGUUUUCUCAUGUGAUGAAAUUGAAUGGAUCUCUUGAAGUUCCUCAUUGAGCUUCAAAUAGUGGCAGUAAAUCCCCAGUCAAAUCUAAAUGCAGGGGUUCACUGUUAAUUAUGUUAUGUUUAAAUUUAAUAUUUACACAUGUAUUGUGUGUAACUUAAUUCGUG